AGGCUCGUCGUGCCCCACGGCCCUUACAAGCUUUGGAUCUGACGCUAUUACAUUCACCUCCGGUCGCAGAUGGUUGGAACUCAUUCAUGGGCGCAAUACGCACGCGCACCACGCUAGACGCCCGGAGCCGGGAAUUAGCAAUUUGUCGCGUGGCAGUUGUAAACCGAGCAUGGUACGAGUGGGCGCACCACGCGCCGCUAGCCCGUGCCGCGGGGGUAAGCGAAGCCGGGUUAGACAUCGUAAAACGGGAAUUCCUAGUACCUAAAGACGGCGAUGAGGAGAAAGCUAGGAAAGGAGCAGAAGAUGUUGGAUUAGGGGAGAAGGAGUGGGCUGUGCUUAGGUAUACGGAUGAGAUGACUAGGAAUGUGCAUGUGCCGGAUGAUGUGUUUGGGGCGUUGGAGAGGGUUUUUGGGGAGAGAGAAGUUGUUGAGGUUACUGCUACUGUCGCUUCUUAUAACUGUGUCAGUCGAUUCUUGGUUGCCCUUGAUGUUGGUGAGAGAAACGGUACUGGGCCUGAUGAUACACCUCCGCAUUGAUGAGCUUUGGGAUGGGUGCACUAUUGGAAACU